UAGGUGACUCGAGGCCUCUAAAUGCGCCUUCGCCUCGCGUCUUUAGCCACCGCGUGGAGCCGCAGCGAAUGCCGGGCUCGGCGGGGCUACGAUCCGCGUGUCCGCGUCCCUAUGCCGCGGAAUUGCCUUCAAGGGGGGGCUCGGGGCGCCGCGGACGACGCAGUCUUCAGGGUAUCGCCGGCGUCCACCAACGGCCUGGCGACCCCCGCGUCGUCCUUUGUAGCGUCCACCCCAAUGGCCUGCGCGGCCGUUUCAAAGUCCACCAAUUCGGGCGUCGCAGUCGGCGCGUUGGCCGUAUCGCCCGCCGCUGUGUGUCCUGUGGAUGACGGUGCAUCGACCGAUGCCUCGUUGGAUAUUCUCAGCCCUCCCUGCGUAACGUUUCCAGCAGACGCCGUUGUCACCAGCAGUGCCCCGUUGUCCAUCGCCUGCGCACCGGCAUCCACCGCCUGUAGCGUGACUGCACCCUGCCACAGCAGUAGCACCAUCGCCAGCUCCGCACCGUCCACCACUUCCAUUAGCAGAACAUCCGUCCCACAGUUAACCUCCAACAGCAGCUUCAUUGCCUCCGCAACAAUGACCACCGCCAUCCCAAUGUCCACCACAACUACCACGGUGACCUCCACCCCAGUGUCCAUCCCGCUGUCCACCACCACCCCAAUGUCCAACACCACCAUCCCAAUGUCCACCACUACCACCGUGACCUCCACCCCAGUAUCAGACCCGCUGUCCACCACCACUACCACCGUGACCUCCACCCCAGUGUCCAUCCCGCUGUCCACCACCACCCCAAUGUCCAACACCAUCCCAAUGUCCACCACUACCACCACCGUGACCUCCACCCCAGUAUCAGACCCGCUGUCCACCACAACUACCACCGUGACUUCCACCCCAGUGUCCAUCCCACUGUCCACCACCACCCCAAUAUCCACCACCACCCCAAUGUCCACCACCACCAUCGCAACAUUCACCCCACCGUCUACGACCACCACAACCACCGCCCCCCCGUCCACCCGCAGCCUACCCGCCCCAUCUCCUCGCUCCUUCACGGCGACGCAUUUCUCCGAGACGGAGUUGGUGCUCCAGGGCUCCCUGCGCAAGGUGCGCCCCUACUACGCGGACGCGGUGGCGCACUGCAAGGCGCGCUGGCUCGGCCUCUCCCUGCGCCAAAUCUACGAGCGCGAAUUCCACUCGGAGACCGUGGCCUCGUACGAGGCCGCGUGCGCCGUGGGCCGCCUCACCCUCAACGGCCUCCGAACCCACCUGGACGCCGUGCUCCGCGACGGCGACACGAUCCGCCUGCGGGCCCACAGGCACGAGCCGCCCGUGAGCUCACGGCCCGUGGUGGUGGUGGCCGAGGAGCACGAUUUGGUGGCGGUGGACAAGCCCGCGUCGCUGCCCGUCCACCCGUGCGGCCGCUAUCGCCACGGCUCGCUGCUGUUCGUGCUGGGCAAGGAGCAUGGCGUGUCUGGGCUGCACACGCUGCAUCGCCUCGACCGCCUUGCGUCGGGCCUCGUGGUGUUCGCCAAGAGCAGAGAGGCGUCCAGGAGGGUGGAUGAGCAGAUCAGGCAGAGGCUGGUGCACAAGGAGUACUUGUGCCGCGUGGUGGGCGAGUUCCCGGCGGGAGAGGUGGUGUGCGAGGAGCCCCUGUCCGUGGUGGAGGGCCGGCUGGGCGUGAGCCGCGUGGACCGCCUCGCCGGCAAGCCCAGCCGCUCGCUGUUCCGCCGCCUGCGUUACGACGCUGACGCUUGCGCAGGCGGCUCGAGCUUGCUGAGCUGCGUGCCCGUGACGGGACGGUCCCACCAGCUGCGCGUCCACCUGCAGAGCCUGGGCUUUCCCAUCCUGCUCGACCCCUUGUACGGGUCGCCGGCAUGGGCCAGCGGAGCGCCACUCGUCGACGUCCUCCGGCGCAUCGCCGACGAGACGUGCGAGCCGUCUGCGCGCUCGCUGGUGGAGCGGCUGGGCGCCGCCGAUGAUUGGGCGUGGGGGCGAAUCCCACCGGGCACUGGUGGAGUUCGUGGUGGUGGUGACGUCGCGAGUGAGCCUGUGAUGGCGGAGGUUGUGUGGCCGGAGAGAGACCCCAUCUGCAGCGAGUGCCGGCUGCAGCGGCCAGACCCAAGGCCGCGAGACCUGGGCAUGUGCCUGCACGCCCUGCGCUACAGCGGGCCUGGUUGGGGCUUCGAGGUGCCCAUGCCGGAUUGGGCCGCACCUGAUUGGACUGAAGACCUCGCGGCAUUUUAAAGUUUGACAGCCGAGAAGUGAGAAAAUCUCUCAUCUGGGUAUGAGGGCAUCUGUUUAAUACAAUAGCCAUUCAGGUUUCCCAUGUAUGAUCUCAAUUUGGAAAUGAUUUUGGUGACAAGGUUAGACAUACAAUAAAACACGUGCACUGUAAUGUGUUAUACGUUAAUGGCUGAAAAUAUUAUAGAACCUGGUUACUCAUCUCCUUUAGAAUUGGCCAGCUAGUGUAGUGACCUAUCAUCUGCUGUCCCCUUUAUGAUGCGACUCGCACGGUUGUAAAAAAAAGAUGGUUUUGCAUGUUGACGCUUAAUAAAUUUUAAUUUUAACUCUG